AUGUUGAAAGUGGUGGUACUAGUUUCGGUUUUCUUUGCGGUCGUCUUCGCUGACGACAGCGACAACGAAAUCGAUUCCAGAAGCGUCGAUUUGUCGUACUUGGGGAGCGCGAUUUUUGGAACACCGAAGGAGAGUUCUGGGAAGAAAGUGGAGGAGUGGACGGAAAACUCGCCUUUUAAUCCGGAAGAACUGGGGGAGUACGCGGAAGGGGAUAUUCUGUUUCCGGAAAAGGGGCGGAAUGGGUUGGUUUCGAAGGCCACUAGGUGGAAGGAUGGGGUUGUGCCUUAUGAAAUAUCUCCGUAUUAUUCGGCUAACGAUAAGCAAAUAAUCAAGAAGGCGAUGGAAAUCUACCAUAAGUACACUUGUAUUAAAUUCAGGGAACGCAAAUCAUCUGACUCUGAUUACAUUGCGAUAGUUAAUGGUAAUACAGGGUGUUGGUCGAGUGUUGGAAAAGUAAAAGGGCGACAAGAAGUGAAUUUGCAAAGUCCAUACUGUACUACUAAAGUUGGUACUCCUAUGCAUGAGCUGAUGCACGCUUUGGGUUUCGUCCAUGAGCAAAAUCGGUGGGAAAGGGACGAUUUUGUGUCUAUUGCGUGGCAAAACAUCAAGAGAGGGCAUGAAGGGAAUUUUAAGAAAGCAGAAAAGGGUAGUACUGAUGGCUAUGGUGUCAAGUAUGACUAUCGGUCUGUGAUGCAUUACUCGCCCACUGCUUUCACCGUUAAUGGGCAGGCGACCAUCAUACCUAAGUUCGAUGUAUAA